CAUCCGUACUUGAAUCCAGUUGAAGUUCAAUAGCGUUCAUUACCUGGGCCUGACUUGGAUAAAUUAUACCACAAAUUAUUUACGCCCUCACAUAUAUUUUUAAGCGGAUACUAUUUAUUCAUUCAUCAAAAAAUAUUUACUUGUAAUAGUUAUCAAAUUAUAGAAUUAUGGAUUUUAACUACGACUUGUCCACCCUCGUUCUUGAUAAUGACGCCUACUUGGCUCGUAGCGUCCUUGAAAAUCCUUUGAUUAUGUCCAAAGUCUUUUCGUACCUGUGUCUUAAUGAGGUGAAGAACAUUCGUCUCGUGUCGCAUGCCUGGCAGCGUAACUCGAUUCAAACCAUGCGACGCCUCUCCUUCAUCAAAGUCAAUCACAGAAUCCUUCUCUCCUAUUGCGACGUACUGCAAAAAGCGGACGACACGUUUCUCCACUCCAGCUACGCCAUAUGUCACGACGUUUCGGACGCCAAUUCCUUGAAAAACAACGCCCUCAUCCUCAAGUUCUUUUACUCGAUACAAACUCACCAUUUUGUCAAGAUCCGGUUUCUCCGAGUGAUUCUGGGCAAUACUAAUCUUCAAUAUAUCAAAAGCCUACUGAAUCUACUCCCCCACCUGGAAACGUUAGAAAUCGUGCUAGGACCGUUAGCAAAGGCGGGAAAAAUAUUAAGUGAUGACGGCAUCUUGUUAGGAAAAGGAAAUUUAUACCAUCUCAAAACUGUGGCUUUUGUUUUUGCGAAUAUUUCCAAAAAGCAGGCGAAACGUUUCUUGGGACCGCUUUUCUCAGUUUUCUUAUCGAUGCAAGACCAUCCCCCGAAUCUGAGGCAGGUUGAGAUUUUUGAUAAAUCAAAGAAAUCAGAAAUUGGGGCGGAAGUUCUGAGGGAAAUUGAGACUUGGAAAUUGAGAAGAUUACGCGACGUACAGUUGAUGUAUGGCGGGAGUAAAAUUUUGAAACAGUUAGUGUUGCAGGGGGCAUUUUUGAACGUGCUGAAAGUGGGAGUGGUCGGGUGGGACGAUUUACCUCUUUUGAAAGAAGUGCUAGCGAAAUAUGCAAAAACUUUGAAAGUAUUAAAAGUGGAAGUUAGCACUGGAACUACGAAAGCUUCCCGGGCGCCAAGUACGUUUGAAUUUCCGUGUAUGCCGGCAUUAGAGUGGUUUGCAUACGUAGUUGGGAAAUUGCCCGUUCACUUGAUGAUUGGAUCGCGAAAAUACAGUCCCGGAAUGUUGAAGCAUUACGGUUCGUUAGCGACAUUGGAGGAUUUAUCAUUUCUGGAUUAUAUGAACGUGACAAAAAUUCUGAAGGGCGGGGAAGCAUUAUUUUCUAAAACAUUUCCAAGCAUGUUUCGUCUCGAGCUCAAACUUUGUGGCGGAUAUACUCGAUACAACGAUAUAUUUUUUGCUAACUUCGGGAAGGACGUCGUCAUUCCGCAGAUCAAGGAGUUUUCUAUGGAACUUUUAAACUGGGGAACGGAAGGUCAACGAGCUUGUUUGCUGGGGAGGCUGGCCAAACUAUUUCCUAACAUUGACGUAGCCCUGUUGCAAGGAUCGAUGGGGUAGUGAGUUUCAAUUUGCGGAAUUGAAUCGAUAUCGUAUGUAUGCGUAUACAUGAUUUGAAAUUGAUGUCUGCUUAUUACCUUAUUAACAAAUUGACAUUUUAACAAAUCCUAUUUGCUCUAGUCCAUGAAGUGAAAGCAAUAAUAAAUUCUUCGCAGUAAUUUUUGAAGAUUA